AUGGCUCAACCCCUCGCCUAUCCCAGUACCCGUAACUUACAGCCUCAUCUUCCUGCCCCCCGCCCAGACUGAGACCAGACCCUGAAGGCCCUGCUCAGCCCUCGCCAUUGGCCUUCCUUUUCCUUUCUGUACGCUGGUGUCUGGUCCUCUCUGCGCCUGCCCACCCUCUCAGGGAGGUGCCUCAUGGCAGCCCGCCCCUCCGGCCUGGUUUCCUCAGGAAAAGCCUUGGGAGGAAGCAGGGAGGGGGUUGGGAGCUGUGGGGGCCAGACUAACCCAAGCCCUCCCACUGCACUGGCCGCCAUGGGGCUGGGGCUCCUGUUCCUUCUGCUGCUGCUCUGGACUCGGGGGACCCAGGGGUCUGAGCUGGACCCCAAUGGGCGGCACGUCUGCAUGGCCAGCAGCCCCUCUGCUGAGCUCCACUGCUGCCCAGGCUGGAGGCAGAAUGAUCGAGAAUGCACCACCCCCAUCUGCGAGGGGCUGGACGUCUGCCGGGAAGACGAGGUAUGUGUGAAACCAGGCCUCUGUCGAUGCAAACCUGGAUUCUUCGGGGCCCGGUGCAACUCGCGCUGCCCGGGCCAGUACUGGGGCCCCGACUGCCGGGAGAGCUGCGCCUGCCACCCGCACGGCCAGUGCGAGCCGGCCACGGGCGUGUGCCACUGCCAAUCCGACCGCUGGGGCGACCGCUGCGAGUUCCCGUGCGCCUGCGGCCCCCACGGGCGUUGCAACCCCGAGACCGGCGCGUGCCGCUGCGAGCCCGGCUGGUGGUCGCCCACGUGCCGCCGCCCGUGCCAGUGCAACCCGGCGGCGGCGCGCUGCGAUCAGGCCACCGGCUCCUGCCUGUGCGAGCCGGGCUGGUGGGGCCGCCGCUGCAGCUUCCGCUGCGCCUGCCACGGCUCGCCGUGCGCGCAGGAGUCGGGCCGCUGCGCCUGCCGGCCCGGCUGGUGGGGCUCCGAGUGCCGGCAGCCUUGCGAGUGCGUGCGCGGCCGCUGCAGCGCCGCCUCCGGCCUGUGCACAUGCCCGCCCGGCUUCCGCGGCGCGCGCUGCGAGCUGCCCUGCCCCGCAGGCCGCUACGGGCUUCAGUGCCGCGACAGCUGUGGCCACUGCAAGCAGAAUGAGCCAUGUUCUGCAGACACAGGUAGCUGCGAGUCCUGCGAGCCAGGCUGGAAUGGGACUCAGUGCCACGAGCCCUGCCCUCCUGGCACCUUUGGCGAGAGCUGCAGGCAGCAGUGCCCCUACUGCCGGCUUGGGGAGGCCUGCCUGCCAGACACCGGGCACUGUCGACAUUGUGACCCUGGCUGGCUGGGGCCCAGGUGUGAAGACCCCUGCCCGAUUGGCACCUUUGGGGAGGGUUGUGGCUCUACCUGCCCCACCUGUGUCCGGGGGGCCUGCGAUGCUGUGACUGGGGAGUGUGUCUGCAACGCCGGCUACUGGGGGCCCAGCUGCAACACUUCGUGCCCAUCUGGCUUCCACGGAAACAACUGCUCUGUUCCCUGCGAGUGUCCAGAGGGAAACUGCCACCCUGUCUCUGGGGCCUGCCAGCUGGGAUCUCAUGGUCAGGAUGCCGCCCUCCUUGCGGGCAUUCUUGUGCCUCUGCUGCUUCUCCUCCUGGCCAUCGCCUGCUGUGCUUGCUGCUGCUGGGCUGCCCGGCUGGAUCCCAAGGACAGGCCAGCGAGAGAUGGGACCGCUAUGUCCAGGAUGAAGCUGCAGGUCUGGGGGGCACUGACCUCCAGCCUGGGCUCUGCGCUGCCCUGCGGUUCCCUCAGCAGCCACAAGCUUCCCUGGGUGACAGUCUCGCACCACGAUCCGGAGAUCCCCUUCAACCAUAGCUUCAUCGAACCGCCCUCGGCUGGCUGGGCCUCGGACGACUCCUUCUCUACUGAUCCUGAGUCUGGAGAAGAGGACGAAGGUCCUGCCUACUGCGUGCCACCCCAAGAAGGGAUGGUCCCUGUGGCCCAAGCAGAGUCACCAGAGGCCAGCCUGACCGGAGGUCCCUUCCCUCCCGCUGAGGAUGCCUCCACGCCGUUUGCCAUCCCGCGCACUUCCAGCCUAGCUCGGGCCAAGCGGCCGUCAGUCUCCUUUGCCGAAGGCACCAAGUUUGCACCACAGAGUUGCCGAGGCUCCGGGGAGCUCUCCAGCCCUCUCCGUAAGCCCAAGAGGCUCUCCCGGGGGGGCCAGCCAGGUCCUGAAAGCCAGGAGGCCGAGGAGUCCACAGGCCCAGAGCAAGCGGAAAUGAACGGGGCCCCUCCUGGUGCCGCCAGCCCCAGGGAUUCAGCCACUGGCCGCCGCCGGCUCCCGCUUAGUGGCCGGACAGUGGCUGAACGUGUGGAAGCCAUUGAGGGCAGUGUCCAGGAGAGUGCAGGCUCUGUGACCACAAUCUACAUGCUGGCAGGGACACCCCGGGGAUCUGAGGGCCCCGUCCGGUCUGUCCUCCGCCGUUUUGGUAGCUUCCAGAAAGGCCAGGCAGAGCCUAAGGUCAAGAGUGCCAUCCCUAAGCCUCCACGCCGGGCCCUGAGUCGGAACAAGGGCAGCCCCGGGCUGGCCUCUGGCUCUGCCGAUCAGAGCUCCAGCUCAGCCCCAAGUGAGGAGCUGACUGGGGCCUUGGAGUCUGCAGGGACUGGGCCAGAGGAAGUGGCCAGGGGGCUAGGGGAUGGCAUCAAGAGCUCAGGGAGGGGCCAGGAGCUGGUCCCUGAGGGUGGUCCCCUAGAACAGGAUCCCCAGAAGCUGGCUGACGAGGAAGGGCAGGAGGAGCCCCAGUAUGAGAACGUCGUACUCAUCUCCGGGCCACCAGAGCCCUGAGGACCUUGAAUUUCGUGAGUGGGAAGACUGGAUGGUGCUUAGGCAUCCGAACUGCCCCGAAUUAGAUGGUGUUUUGUGCUGGGAAAAGAUCCCAGGGCCAGGAAAGACACGCUGGAGCCCCUGCACUUCCACCGGGACAUGUCAGAGCUGGAGGCCAGUUGGCUCUGGCCCUGGCCAUGCUCUGGGAGUGGGUCUGGAAGGCCUGGGCAGAGACCCCACAGGAUGGGGUCAGGAAGGGGAAAGAGAUGGCUGCAGGGACUUUUUCUCUGUUGUCCUGUACUCUGUUUGCCCCCAAAGGCUAUUCUUUCCUUCAUUUGCAAAACAUUUUUCUGAAAUGGGAAACAACCUAAAUGUUUGAUGCUCAAAGAUUAAUUAAAGAGCUAUUCCUUAUGAAAGGUUCCUAAACAACCAUAAUACAUCAGGUCGUGUAAGAAUAUUUAAUAUGGGAGCAUGUUCACACCAUCCUGCUACGUGUAAGAAGUUUUCUUUAUACAAAUUUCAUUCCUUUUGGUCUCAGAAUACGUUUAGAAUUCUUCCAUUUUGUGUUUAUUUUGUGACCCUUUUACAGACUUUUUUAAAAAAAGAUGUAUGUGCAUAAAAAAGAUUUGAAGGGGCUUCCCUGGUGGCGCUAGUGGUUGAGAGUCCGCCUGCCCAUGCAGGGGACGUGGGUUCGUGACCCGGUCCGGGAAGAUCCCACAUGCCGCGGAGCGGCUGGGCCUGUGAGCCAUGGCCGCUGAGCCUGCGCGUCCGGAGCCUGUGCUCCGCAACGGGAGAGGCCACAGCAGUGAGAGGCCCGCGUACCGCCAAAAAAAAAAAAAAGAAAAAGAAAAAGAUCUGAGGGAAAGGCAUCAAAUGGCAUUUUUCUCUGGGAGACGAGAUUGUGGCAGAUAUUUAUUUUCUUCUUAAAUUUUUGCAUAAUUUGCAAAUUUUCUACAGUGAACGUUCUUUUUACUUUUCUCACUGGGUUGAAUAUUUAAAAUUAUAAUAGGCAAUAUUCUUCGUUAAAAAUAAAAAGUACUAACAUUAUAGACAUGUCUACAGUAAAAAUGAGAUUUUUCUUCUCCCCAGAGGAUUCUGGGGGAUGAGGGAGGGGCCAGACUUAAUUUUCACGGAGUGCCUGUUGGUCUGGUUCUGAAUACUUUCCUCACAUACUUGUAUUAGCCAGUCAGGAAAUAAAGAGCAAGUCCCUCCGUCCCAGUGUGCAGAGAAUCUCAUGAACAGGUUAGAUGCUUCCUUUCAAAUGUUUUUCUGUGCGCGUGAAAAUAAAACAACAUACCGUUCUGCAAUUUGCUUUUUUACUUAACAAUAUAACCUGGCUAUCUUUUGAUGUCAGUAAAUAUAAAGCUACCUCUUUUUAUAAAAAAUGGCUGCAUGGGAUUCCAUCAUGUGGAAAUAACACAGGUUAUUUAAACCAUCCCCUGCCUAUGGGGAUGUGGGUUGUUUCUAAUUGUUUUGAUACAAUAAAUGAUGCAGUGGACAACUCGGUCUACAUUUCCUUUUGCAUCAGUGCUAGGUUUUCUGUAGAAGAGCUUCCUGGAGGUGGAAUUGGUGGGUUAUGGGGUAAGAAAAUUAAACAUUUGAGUAUUUACUCCAAUUGGCCCUCCGAAAAAAGUUGAAUGGCUUUGUGUUCUCAUAAAUUAUGUUGACAUCUAUUUCCCCACACCCAAUCUGAUAGGUUAAAAGUGAUAUCUCAUUAUUUUAGCAUGCACAAAAAAAUAACUAAAGUAAUAACAUUUUUAAUUAUUAAAAAGUUAAACUCUUCGUACAGAUAAAAGUUUUGGGUUUUGUUUUUUGGCCGUGCCAAGCAGCUUAUGGGAUCUUAGUUCCCCAACCAGGGGUUGAACCUGGGCCCUCAGCAGUGAGAGCGCAGAGUCCUAACCACUGGACAGCCAGGGAAUUCCCCAGAUAAAAGUUUUUUGUUUGUGGGGUUUCUGUUGUUGUUAAGUAUCUUCUUUUUUAUAUAUAUAUAAUGUUAAUUUUUUUCUUUUUUUUAUUAUUUUUGGCUGCGUUGGGUCUUCAUCGCUGUGUGUGGGCUUUCUCUAGUUGCGGCGAACUGGAGCUACUCUUCCUUGUGGUGUGCAGGUUUCUCAUUGCGGUGGCUUCUCUUGUUGCGGAGCACGGGCUCUAGGCACGUGGGCUUCAGUAGUUGCAGCAUGCAGGCUCAGUAGUUGCGACACGUGGGCUCAGUAGUUGUGGCACAUGGGCUUAGUUGCUCCACAACAUGUGGGAUCUUCCCAGCCCGGGGAUCGAAUGUGCGUCCCCUGCAUUGGCAGGCAGAUUCUCAACCACUGCGCCACCAGGGAAUGCCUGUUUGCGUUUUUUAACUAUUAAAAAUGGUACCAUUUGUGCACCCAAUGUUCACAGCAGCACUAUUUACAAUAGCCAGGACAUGGAAGCAACAUCAGUAUCCAUCAAUAGAUGAAUGGAUAAAGAAGGUGUGGCCUAGGACUUCAGGUUCGAGCCCUGGUCUGGGAAGAUCCCAAAUGCCAUGGAGCACCUAAGCCCAUGAGCCACAAUUACUGAGCCAGCACUCUAGAGCCCGUGAACCACAAUUACUGAGCCCACGUGCCACAACUACUGAAGCCCGUGCGCCUAGAGCCUGUGCUCUACAACAAGAGAAGCCACCGCAAUGAGAAGCCCACACACUGCAAUGAAGAGUUGCUCCCUCUCACAGCACCUAGAGAAAGCCUGCACACAGCAAGGAAGACCCAACACAGCCAUAAAUAAAUAAAUAAAUAAAUAAAUAAAUAAAUUUUAAAAAAAGAAGACGUGGUCUAUAUACAAUGGAAUAUUACUCAGCCAUAAAAAGAAUGAAAUAUUGCCAUUUGCAGCAAAAUGGAUGGACCUAGAGAUUAUCAUAGUAAUUGAAGUAAGACAAAGAAAAAUAUCAAAUGAGAUCAUUUAUAUGUGGAAUCUAAAAAAAUAAUACAAAUGAACUUAUCUACAAAGAGAAACAGACUCACAGACAUAAAGACAAGAUUAAAGUUACCAAAGGGGAGGGAGGGAGGGAUAAAUUAGGAGUAUGGGAUUAAUAUAUAUACACUACUAUAUAUAAAAUAGAUAAACAACAAGGUCCUACUGAAUAACACAGGGAACUAUAUUCAAUAUCUUGUAAUACACUGUAGUGAAAAAGAAUCUGAAAAAGAAUACAUAUAUAUAUUGGGAAUUUUCUGGCGGUCCACUGGUUAGUGCUCCACGCUUCUACUGCCGGGGACAAGGGAUUCGAUCCCUAGUCAGGGAACUAAGAUCCCACAUGCCGUGCUGCACAGCCAAAAAAAAGAAUAUAUAUAUAUAUAUAUAUAUAAUUGAAUCACUAAAAAAAGUGAAAAAAAUAAGAUCAUUAAAAUGUGAAUUCUAUGAUUAUUCUAAGACUGAGCUUCUUUUCAUAUCUUUAAAGUUAUUUGUAUUUUUCCUAUAGAUGAUUUGGUUAUAUUCUUUCCCCAAUUUUCUUUUUCUUUUUUUUCUAAAUUAAUUUAUUUAUUUUUGGCUGCACUGGGUCUUCGUUGCUGUGCACGGGCUUUCUCUAGUUGCGGCAAGCGGGGGCUACUCUUUGUUGCAGUGCAUGGGCUUCUCAUUGCAGUGGCUUCUCGUUGCAGAGCACGGGCUCUAGGCGUGCAGGCUUCAGUAGUUGUGGCAUGCAGGCUCAGUAGUUGUGGCUCGCAGGUUCUAGAGUGCAGGCUCAGUAGUUGUGGUGCACGGGCUUAGUUGCUCCCCGGCAUGUGGGAUCUUCCUGGACCAGGGCUUGAACCUGUGUCCCCUGAAUUGCAGGUAGAUUCUUAACCACUGCACCACCAGGGAAGCCCUUUCCCCAAUUUUCAAUUGAGAUGUUCAUUUUUUUCUCAUUGAUUUAUAAGUGCCUUUAUAUCAAGGAUAUUCUUUUUUAUUUUUAUUUAAUUUUUUUUAUUGGGAUACAGUUGUUUUACAAUGUUGUAUUAGUUUCUACUGUACAGUGAAGUGGAGUUCCCUGUGUGCUAUACAGCAGGCAGGUUCUCAUUAGUUAUCUAUUUUAUAUAGAUUAGUGUAUAUAUGUCAGUCCCAGUCUCCCAAUUCAUCCCACCCCCACUUCCCCACUUGGUGUCUAUACGUUUGUUUUCUACAUCUGUGUUUCUAUUUCUGCUCAAGGAUAUUAAUUCUUUGCCCAGUUUGUAAUUGGUCUUUAAUGCUGUUUAUAGUUUCUUUCUUCUUUUUCUCCAUAGAAAUUAAAAGUUUAAAUUUAGACAGGUCUUUUUCUUUUUGACUUCUGGGUUUAAUGUCACGCAUAAUGGAAAGAUGGAAAGGCUUUCUCUACCUUAAAAUCAGUGAAAUAAUCUUCUACAUUUUCUUUUAGUACUUUAGUGGUUUUGUUUCUUUAUGAAUUUUUUAAUUGAAGUAUAGUUGAUGUACGAUAUAGUGAUUCACAAUUCUUAAAGGUUAUGCUCCAUUUAUAGUUAUUAUAAAAUAUUGGCUACAUUCCCUGUGUUGAGCAACAUAUCCUUGUAGCUUAUUUUAUACAUAAUAAUUUAUUUCUUUAUGAUUUGCCAGCAGUGCUGGUGGGUUGCCUUUAACACUGCUGACAAAAAGACUGAAAAAAACCCCAAACCCAGAGAAUUCCCUGGUGGUCCAGUAGUUAGGACUUUGCACUUACACUGUCCUGGCCCAGGUUCAAUCCCUGGUUGGGGAACUAAGAUCCCACAAGCCACAAGGCUCGGCCAGAACAAACAAACAAACAAAAACCCAGAAUUUCAUUCAAAUUAGACUUGGAUUCAAAUCUCAGUUCUGACAUACUUGUUUUGUGACUUUGGAAAUGUUACUUAAAGCUUGUUUUUUCAUCUGAAAAAUGUGGAUAUGGCUAUAUCCCAGGUUAUAGUAGGGAUUAAAUGACAAAGUAUGUAAAGCACCUAGUAAAUUUUUGACUCUCAAUAAAGGUUCAUUAUUAUUGGCAUUA